AUGGGAGCUGACGUUGUGUUAGAAUUGCAAACCAUAAGUGGCUCUGAUACAGAUAAAGGGAAGGAAUUGUCAUUUCUGCAGUGUCUAGGGUCCCACUCCAUUCUAGCCACCUUCAAGACUGAAUUCGAGGCACGGAGGAAGUAUCUUACGGUGGCUAUCAAUGGCAAACCUGUACGCCUUCAGCGUGACACAGCAUCAGACAUAAGCCUCAUCUCCAAACGCACUUGGCAGAUGAUUGGACAGCCCCCGGUGAUCACAUCAGACAAAAAGGCUAUGAACGUUUCGGGCGGAUUCCUCCAGCUCACGGGUGAGCUCGAAUGUGACGUUUCCUUUGAUGGCACUCAAUUCACAUGA